UAAUGUUCACACAGACAAAAAUCCUUCUAUAAAUACCUUCAGAAUUGCGCUCACUACAAAACCCUAACUAAUAUCUUUCUUCCAAUUUCCUUCUUCUUCUUUGUUUCUAAAAACACUAUAAUUUAAGUGAAAUCUGAAAAGAUGGCGAAUCAGAGGAAUUAUGGGAAGAGGCCUUCUCGAGCCGGUGAAUCAGAAAAGAAGGAAACUGAAGAUGAGGAGAACAUAUUUCCUUUCUUCUCGGACCGUUCCCAAUACGACACACGUGCCAUGGUCUCAGCCUUGACUCAAGUCAUUGGAAACCAAAGCAGUACUCAUGAUGAUAAUCAACAUCACUCUGAUGAGUAUAAUCAACAAGAUUCUACCCAACCUAUUUCUCCUAAACAAGACCAAGGAGACUUGAGGAAGAGACAUUAUAGAGGGGUAAGGCAACGACCAUGGGGAAAAUGGGCUGCCGAAAUCAGGGAUCCACAAAAGGGAGCACGCGUGUGGCUUGGGACAUUUGAGACAGCUGAAGCUGCGGCCAUAGCUUAUGAUGAAGCAGCUCUUAAGUUCAAAGGAAGCAAAGCCAAACUUAACUUCCCUGAGAGAGCUCAACUAGUAAGUAACAGUAAUAGUACUAUUACUGGUCUACCAAACUAUUUCUCUUCUAACAAUCAAGUUUACUACUCCAAUCCACAACCCACACCAUAUGAUAACCAGUACUACUAUAACCAAUAUCUUCAGCAAGGGGGAUAUAGUAACGAUGCAUUAAGUUAUGAUAUGGCCGGUGGGGAAACCGGAGGCUUAAUGUAUAAUCAUCAGACAUUAUCUACUACAACUUCUUCAUCUUCUGGUGGAUCUUCAAGGCCACAAGAAGAUUACACCAGAUAUUUGCAUUUUGGAGAUUCUUCUCCUUAUUCGGGUUUUUGAGAUCCUCAUAUAAAUAAUUAAGGGCUUUCGGGUGAUCGACUUGUUAUGAGGAGAUCAUAUGUUCCUUGAAUGUUUUGUAUCUUUUUUUCACUAUGCUUUGCGUGUGUUGUUUUUGAUCAUUUUGUUUAUUUCUUCUUUCAAGAAUUUUCAGGUUCUUUGUUACCAACCCUUGGACUUGGGUUUACUUUCAUAGCUAUAUACAAAAAUGUUACCCUUAAAUGUUAUGUAGCCUCAAAUAAGCACACACUUGCAUACAUAUUAUUCAGUGGUUUGAUUCUCAGUAGAUGAUGGUAGCGGAUAUAUCAUUCGGAGUGUCUAACGUAGAUGAUCAAAACAAAUAUAAAAUCACGUUUAUUAUCCAAUAACACCGUCCACCGCAGUUAGAAUGUAUUUCCAAUAUAAGUCAAGGUCCCAAACGUCUUGAUUUUUCUGUCAUAGCCAGUAUAAUGAGACUUUGACAAGCCAAUUUUUUUUUUUAAGGUACUGGUACAUACAAGUAACAACAAUGAAAAUUUGACCAAGACAGACUCCCCAAAUGUUUGUUGUAAGUCAUUGAUUUUGUCAAUCCAAAGUGGUUGACUCCCUUUGACCCAUGUUUUCUUAUCCCUCUUAAUAAUUUUAAUUUCUCUCGUCUUUUAUUUUAUUAAUUUUUUUACACAUUUUUUUUAUCAAAUUUUUUUCAUUAAUAAACUUUAUUAUGGUAUACAGUACAAUGUCACAAUGAUAUAGGCAACUUAUAAUGUAAAUUCAUAAAUGUAUUACACAUAUAAUCAAAAGCAGGUCGUUACCAUUUCGAGUUAGAUUCAAUGUACAUGUGUUUCAGAUGAAACAAUAUGAUUUCGUUUUGUAAUUUAGGGCCUCGUCUUUCAUAUAUCAAUUGAAAUGAUGGUUAUGAUCAUGGAUUUCGUUAUUUUAAAAAACCUUCCGACCAACGCGUUGUCUCCUCUUUCUUUUGUCUCUUUCACAAUUUGGAACCUUUCCGUUGACUUAUUCGUGUUUCUUAUUGGUAUAUGAAUCUCAGCCGCCAACAAAAAUUUGUACUUUCGACACACUCGCGGAACUUCAAAGGCAUUAUAUUCUCUUAAGUAUUUUAAAAUUGACACGCGGGAUGUGGCGCUGAGUUACACCUUCGUCUACGCUAAACCCAUACUACACAAAACCGUUUUUCUUCUGUUCCAAUCGUAAAAUCGUUCUUAGAAUUGUAGAACCGGUCUUAGGUAUAACCAAAUGAAAUAUUUGUUUUAGGUUCUUAAUAUUUUUUGACUUAAUAUAUAUAAAUAAAACUUCAAAUUGUUUUAAAAAGAUUUUAAUAAAAUUAUUAUUAAUUUUCAGAAAGACUUCACAAUUUCAGUACCGGUUUUGUUUUAGAUAUCCCUAUAAAAUAGUAUAUAGAAAAAUCGUAGUUAAAAAAAAAAACUAUUGAUCACUCUCUAGUAGAUGACUAUUUGCCUAAUAAAAUAGAUUAUCCCUAGCCUGAUUAUUUGUCAGGAUUUUUGUUGAUUAAUUCUUUGCUUAAAUUUUCUUAGCAAUCUUUAAAAACAUAUUUCAUUUUGGCAUGUAAUACAAAGGCAUGGCAAGUGAUCGAUCAAACAUGUCAUAGUAUUGCUAAUAAUUAUACUCAAACUCUUUGAUGUGAAGUUCAGAUAUGAAAUAUUUACUCUGAGAGACACAAGUUGAGUUUACAAUAUCACUAAGAAACACAUUAUAUAUUUAGCACACUUUCUUAUGCUAAGUUUACUAAAAUAACCCUCAACGAAGUGACAUCUUGAGUUAACUAGAAAUCUCAUCCAACUAACCAAACUCGUUACCAACCCAACUAACCAAAACCGAUAUCUUAUUUUUAUCUUUUUACAAAAUCUUAAAAUUUUAACCAUUUACAAAACAGAUGACCUUAUUUCUUCCCCUUACUUCACAAAUCUAUCACCGGUGAGAUGAACCCUAAUUUAUUUCUCUCCCGAUUUCUUCUAGAUCCAGAAGGCAAAACCUGAAAUUGGACCCAAAUCUGAAUUUAGGUUUCGCGUUAUCAUCGUAUCAAAUUCUGGAAACGAACCGUAAUCUUCUCGAUCCAAAAUUCUCCCUAACCCCCUUUUUCCAUGCCAACAUCUUCUCCAUCUAUAUUCUCAAGCAUACAUCUAUCGGUCUUCUCUACCGUCUAUGGAAGCGAAGGUGGCUAUGAAUAAGGUGGUGGUAGCUAUGAACGGAGGCGAUUAGUCCCAUGGAAGCGGUGGUGGACACCGUGGUGAGAUGGCAGUGGAUACCAUAGUGGAGGCGGUGGUGGUUACGAAGGAGGCGGUGGUGGAGGUGGUGGAGGCGGUGGAGACAUGGUAGUUAUGAAGGUGACAGUGGCUCUCUUGGUCAAUGUGUGUGUGGAUAUUGUUUGAUGUGGUCGGAAGAGUUGUGGAUUGGAUCAGGGGCUCUCUUGGUCAAUGUGUGCGUGGAUAUUGUUUGAUGUGGUCGGAAGAGUUGCGGAUGAGGCUCUCAGUGGUGGAUACGAAAAUGGUAAUAGAGGGAGAAGAGAUACUGGAGGUGGUGAUUAAUGGAGGUGAUGGUAGCUCGCUUGGUCAAUGUGUGUGUGGAUGUUGUUGAUGUGGUCGGAAGAGUUGUGGACGGAGAUCUCAUGGUCAGUGGUUGUGUUGAUGUUGUUGAUGUGACCAGAAGAGUUGCAAAUGGAGCUCUUGGUGGUGGACGAAAGUGGUAAGAGAGAUAGACGAGAUAUCGAAAUAGUGAUUCAAAUGGAGGUGGUAAUUAAAACGAAGGUGUUAACAGAGGUGGAUGAGAUAGUGGAGGAGGUGGCGAUGGUAGAUAUGAAUAUGAUGAUGGAGGUGGUGAUUGAAAGGGGGAUCGUGAUAAUGGAGGUGGAAGAAAGAGAAACUGGUUCAGUCCCGUAGAAGAAACAAAAAAAAUGAAAAAAAAAAUAAUUUUUCUAAUUAUGUGGUCCAAAAACAAUUCACUUUAUCACAUAUAUCUAGUUACAACAUACUUCUCUUUAGAUAAAAGCAGGGUUAAUUAUGUCAUAAAAUAUACAGCUGUCCACAGAAUGUGUCUCAACUUCACUAUGUGUCUCUCAGCGAUACAUAAAGUCAUAUUGUGUCCCUGAGUGUAACUCUCUCUUCAGAUAUCGACCGUUCCUUACAAAAUAAUUCAAAGUAUUACAACAUAAAUACAAUUAUUAUCGAUCAUCCCGACAGACAGAAUAUGAAAGUGGAUCGACACCUGAAAGUGGGGGAUGGUCGCACCCGCACGCACGCGGGCCUGGCGCCUCCCUUUCAACCUUUGCGGCCUUCUAAGCUCUCACAAAUCUCAACCACUUUAUUUUCAAACUUAUUGGCCUAAAGACUACGUAUGCAAACUGUGCAUGCGUACUACUUAUCAUACAAAAUAAAAUAAAAAUACGUAUGUUACAUGCAGUAUCAUUAUCAAUGUAUAAAUCGCUACCUAACUGCUCACACUCAUUGUAUACAGCGCAACCAAAUUCAGUUCCCCCAAAUAGUCCGUCUUAUUUCACAACCGCAUUUAAACUUUUUUUCGUAAUACACGUUUUAAAAGUGUAAAGAAGGUAUAAAAUCAUUAAUUUGAUUCGUAGUCACGGUGAGAGCUGUUGAUAUUCGUCGGUGAAAGCAUGAACCUUGUAUUGAAAGAGAAACACGUAGAAUCAUAACUUUUUGGUUUGUCUGUGAAACAGGUAUU